AUGGCUACUACUGCUGCUAUUGUCAAUAAACUUCAAACUUUGAACUUUACUAAAAUAUGUCGAGCUUGCUUGGAGACAAAAAAGGAUAUGAGACCUUUGUUUGAGCAAUUGACUGCUACAAUGCUGAUGGGAAUAUCAAAAGUGCAGGUGGAAGUUGGCGAUACUCUGCCGUCGCAGCUAUGCCUGCAGUGUGUGCAUCAAAUAUCCCGCUGCCAUGCCUUCAAAGAGAUGGUCGAAAGGAAUGACGUCGCACUGCGUGAACACGCCAAGACUCUUGCCGAACAAGCCUUCAAAAGAGAACGGGAAGAGAAGGAGAAACUGAUAAAUAUAAAUUGUUCGGAACCCUACAUCCAGUACAUGGAGGUGCCUAUCACUAAUACCAACCAGAUACUCGACGGGUUCUUUAAUACCGAUUCGGCACAAACACCAACACCAGCAUCCGAACAGGACACUAAAGAGGAAUUUGAAGAAAAGCUUGAAUCCGCAUCUAAUACCCCAAAAGAAAAGGAUGGUUUGAACUCUGAUGAAGAGAACUAUCUUCAAUUGGUCGUAUUUCAAGCUACGUCGACGGUGUCUCCUGGUCGACACGUGUGCAAUCUCUGCCAUAAGGAAUUCAAACAUCCAAGGUGGUUGAAGCAGCAUAUGAGAUCUCACACCAACUGGAUAAAAGCGAAUUGCAAGAAACCACCAAUGUGCCCCAUUUGUGAGAGAACUUUUAAGGGUCCAGGGAUGCUAAAAAUGCACAUGCGGACCCACGAGCAACGACCUCCUAAACAGCCAACGUGUUCUGUCUGCCAACGCACCUUUCCAAGCAAAACCUUACUCUAUCGGCACAGACAAACUCACUUCGAGCAGAAAACCCAUCUAUGUACUGUAUGCGAUAAAAGAUUUUAUAGCGGUUACGCCUUGAGGUCUCAUAUGGCAAGGCAUCGUGGAGAGAGGCCUUAUGUUUGCUCUACUUGCGGCAAAAGCUUCUACAACCCAACGGAUUUGAAGGUUAGUUACAUUUUGAUGAUGUCUAUUACCAGAUAA